GGUCAAAAUCUGAGUACAUCCGUAUAGAUAUAAGGGAAGUAACUCGAAUGCUUUAAAAUCAUGUGACAACAACCGGAAACACCAGUUUUAUAUACUGUACAGUACACACAGUAAACAGAAUGUACUAACGUUCUUUUUGACCCAUGUGAAGUAUAGACGGUGCAUUAUGGCUGGAGGUAUCACAGAUACAGGUGCCAGCUACUCGGGGCUGGUUGGCCUGAUCUACAUUUUUAACCUGAUCGUAGGCACAGGAGCCCUUACCAUGCCAAGUGCGUUCGCUUCUGCUGGAUGGCUACUGAGUUUGUUCAUUGUCAUCGCACUUGCACUCGUAAGCAAUAUGACCGUGUCUUUUGUAAUAGAGACGAUGGGAUGGGCUAAUGCAAAACUCAGACAAGACGCUGGUCAAGCACACGUGCCACCUGUCAACAUACCGGAAGUGAGUUAUGGAGGAGAUGAGGAUGAUUCAAGGCCAUUACUGCAGCGAAGUGCGCAAGGUACUUGUAACCAGGUUACGAAUCCAUGUGAGAUGACAGAGAGAACAGAACUAGGCCAGAUGGCUAGAAUGUUUUUCAACAAAUGGGGUCUGUUGGCGUUCUACCUGUGUAUGGUUCUCUACCUGUACGGAGACCUCGCCAUUUAUGCAGCAGCGGUACCGGUGUCACUCAGGGACGUCAUAUGCACCUAUAAACUACCAAACGCAACAGAGGCAUGUAAUCAGUCCCUUAAACUGACAGACAGUGAUACGUGCUGGGAGGGUAGAGACGUCAGCAGGGGUCAAGCCUAUAGGAUAUGUCUGGCAAUUUUUCUGGUGACCGGAGGCCCCUUUGUUUUCUUUAAUGUUCAAAAAACAAAGUAUCUUCAGCUCUUCACAACAGUGAUGCGGUGGCUUGCCUUCGGGACCAUGGUCGUCCUCGCAGUUAUUCGAUUGAGCAAAGGUCAAGGUCAAGGUCACCCUAAGGCGGCAGAUUUCUCAGGAUUACCGAAUCUUUUUGGUGUUUGUGUUUACUCCUUCAUGUGCCACCAUUCUCUCCCAAGUCUCGUCACCCCAAUCAACAACAAAAAAGGACUGUUUAAACUUAUUGGAUUAGACUUUCUCCUUAUUCUGGGAUUUUACGCUCUGAUUUCAUUCACAGGAAUAUUUGCUUUCAACAAGCUCAAUGAUUUAUACACAUUGAACUUUCUACCAGAUCCGUGUGACACCUCUGAACCAGUGACAAAAGUUGUAGUGAUCCAAUAUUUUCUCGCUUUGUUUCCGGUUUUUACUCUCAGUACAAAUUUCCCUAUUAUUUCCAUCACAUUGAGAAAUAAUCUUAAAACAAUGUUUUAUAAAGGGGACUCGAACCCAUACCCUUGGAUUGUAGACAGAAUAGUCUUUCCUCUAGGGGCCAUAAUACCACCUUUUAUCAUUGCAUUUUGUACAAGUAAAGUGGAGUUUCUUGUGGGGGUCACGGGAUCAUACGCAGGCGCAGGAAUACAAUAUGUUAUACCCGCAGCCCUAGUAUACUUUGCUCGAAAAGAAAUGAGCGAGAAAAUGCCGACCAUGCAGAAUCCUUACACUUCACCAUUCAAACACAGAGUCUGGAUAUGGUUCGCAUAUACAUGGGCAACAGUAUGUAUGAUUAUCGUAACAGUCAAUCAUAUAAUUACUGGUAAAUAAGUAUUCAAUUUAGUCUUAUUGAUGAAAUAUUCUAUUCAAAGUAAGGUACUUCUUAUGUUGGAAAUGAUUCCUCCGUCGAAAGAGGAGUAAAUACAGAUACAUGUAUUACGGGGAGGGGUUUGUUUUAAUGCUGCACUGAAAAUUAAUAUUAAUUUUAUUAUGAAUAUUAAUCUUAAAUGUUACGGGUCUUUGAAAAGUAUGUAACAUAAUGUUGUUAUUAGUUUAGUUCUAAAUUAAUUAUGUUUUUACUAAGUUUAUACGUUAUAUCUGUGUCGGAAUUUUACCUUUCACAAUAUCUUAUUUUGUACGUGCUUCCUAUACAUGUAUAAAUAUUGAACUGUGAUUUCUUGCUGUGGUAUGAAUGCAAUGUGAUGCAGACACACUACGAACCGACUGGCCUAGGCCAUUACUACAAAUGGAAAAGCAUGUUUUAUUCCAUUGGUAUCAUAACACAUCAUUUUAGCCGUUUUGAUAGUUUGAGAAACGACAGCUAGUUCCUAAAGGUUGUGUAGCUAUGUUACAAUUUGGCCUCUUUUUUUUUUUAAAUCAGUUUAACAAAAAUAAAACAAACAAAAAAUAAAUGAAAAAAAAAGAAAGAAAGAAAAGUGACAUUUGCUUAAAGAUACUACUUACUAUCAAUUUAACAUGCAUGAUACCCUUGAUUACACGGGAUCGAUGCAUUACUGGCCAGUCCUGUCACCAGGUGGAAUCAAUGGACUGGCCGGCAUCCCUACUGGGAUAUGUUUUAUAAAUUAUUCUUUCAAUUUACAACUGUCUCCUUGCGUGAUCAUUUCCAAAAGUUUUUUUCAAACAUUCCAAUGUGCCAAAACCCAUAUAUGUUCAUGUAUUUGGUUUAAAACGCACCUAUGUAGUUGGACAACGAUUAACGUGAUGCCUAUAUAUGUAAUAUUGUGUUUUAUGUUAGCAUUUUGAUGUUGUGGUUGAUAAUUUGUCAUUACAUGUUCCAUUGACCGGAACAAACCAGCUGUUUCGAUUAAGAAAACGCAGCGUUCCACCGGAACGAACGCGUUCGUCGUGAAGAGUCCCAAGCUGAAUUCUGGUAGUGAACGAUGUUCGUUUUAGAUGAUCACCAAAGUGGAUAUUAAUGUAUGUUAUAACCAUUUAAAUGGUUAUUCAUCGAUGCUAUUUGUACAAAAUGUAAAUGAAAACGACAAUUCACGUUGUGUGGGGAAAAAAACCAAAAUGUUUAUUUCUUUGAUUAUAAGAUUUACGCAUUGGAAAAGUAAUCGGGAAAGAGUUUUCCUAUUGAGCAUUCCAAUUGAAAAAUUGCCAUGCAACGAUAAAUGAAAUACUUUGUUAAAGUAAUCAACAUUUAAUGCAAGGGAAAGACGCUGUUUUAAUGUGAACGUAUCCAAUAUUUAUAUGCAAACUGACCGAAGUAAGAAUAUUGACUGGAUUCGAAUAAAUGUGCGAACUGUCUUUAACAUCGUACCGCUUCAAUGUAUGUUGGCGGGUACUUUACUCUAGAUAAAUCGGUACCCGGUUUGGUCAAGUUACAAACAGCCGUUAUAUGAACUCGGUAGCAAAAUCGUGUGAUUAAAUGUCAUUCAUUUCCUGGUCAUUGUAAUUAUGGGGAGAGUUGACUGUCAGAAUUCUGCUUAAAGCCAUAAGGUCUACGAUAUUCAUGUGUAAAAAUGAUGUCCAUGCAGUUUUCAGGGAAAAUACUUUCAUAUUAAAUAAAUGAAUGAAAAAUACAUUACAGCAGUUUAUUUUUCUACUAACAGUAUUGUAAUUGAAGAGUUAUUGACGAUAGAUUUCAGCCGAAUGGAAAUCUAAGCUAUUUAAUAUUGCAUCGAUGAUAUCUCAGAAGCGAAAGCGUUGACCUAAAAUUAACUGCUUCACAUGCUUUAAUUCAAAGGUUACCACGAGUGUAAUAUGCACUAAAAUGCGAUUUAUUCAAAUAUAAUCAGCUCUUUGCGUGGAAGUAUGAAUAGACAAUCUCGCAUGGCUUUUGAUUGUUCAGAAACAAAUAAUUAUCUGGUUAAAUAUUCAACUAACAAAUGCAAACGAAAAGAUACCGAGGUGUUCCGCAAAUUAUGAUCUUUCCAAUAUUGACAUGUACAGGUGUACAUACGAAAAUGCUACAAAAGAUUGUCGAUUUUGACAUUCUAUGAAUAGGUGUUUUUUUUUUUCUGCUCAGUUAGUGUUCAAUAUCUUUUGCCUCACGCUUACCAGAUGCGCGUCUACAGCUAUCGGGUCAGUUCGAGUUCACAUGAAUGUGAGAUUUAUUCGACUGUUUGUCUUACCGUUAAUUUUUUACCGAUUUUUAUCAAACGAAAUUACCAUUUUUCCUGUAAUAUUCAAGAAUAAAUUAAGUUUCCUGCGUUUUUGUAAUACACAUUGUAUAUUAAUAUCUAUCAAAAUGGACGAUGCUUUUGUAAAUAUUUAUCUUAGAUCUUAUGCGUUUGAGCUAAAGGAUAACGCUUUAUACGUAGGUGGUGAACGACUUGUGCUGUUUACCGCGAAAAAUCUAAAUAAGACAGCAAAAUGAAAUGUACAUUUCAGCAUUAAACUAGCUACCUUGUUGUUAUAUUUAGCGUGGAAUCCGUUUGCCUUCAAAACUGUAAAUUAAAACGAAUAUAAAAUCCAAAGCAGUUUAAUGCUUAUCAUUAUAUCAGUAUAUCCGUUUUUACAAUAGGAAAAUGUCAAUGCAUUCUCCAAACGAGAGAUUUUUUCCUGGUGUACUAAUGUAAAGAAUGACCGACCAUCAUCUCCAAAUAAAGUUUUUUUUUCUACCUUAAGUCAAUCAGAUGUCGACAUUUAAUAAAGAUCGCAUCACAUUUACCUUAAUUGUGGUUGUAAUACUAUUACGGUAGCUGUAUGUUUGGUAAUACGUAUGUAACUAAAAGGUAGUUGUAUAGUCUGACAAGUUAUUCAACUGUACGUCUGAGAAUAGUUAUGAAACUAUGUCUGGCAAUAAUUAUGUUACUGUAUGUCUGGCAAUAAUUAUGUUACUGUAUGUCUGACAAUAAUUAUGUAACUGUAUGUCUGGUAAUAAUUAGGUAACUGUAUGUCUGGUAAUAAUUAGGUAACUGUAUGUCUGACAAUAAUUAUGUUACUGUAUGUCUGGUAAUACUUAUGUAGUUGUAUGUCUGGUAAUAACUAUGUAGUUGUAUGUCUGGUAAUAAUAAGGUAACUGUAUGUCUGGUAAUAAUAAGGUAACUGUAUGUCUGGUAAUACUUAUGUAGUUGUAUGUCUGGUAAUAAGGAUGUAACUAUGUUCGACAAUAGUUCUAUAACUAAUGUCUGACAAUAGUUAUAUAACAUUCUUUAUUCUCUGAUGUCUGUCAUUUUAUUUUUAUCAGAUUUAAUGCUAUGAUUUUUUAUUAGAUAUAACAUUGUUUUAUUGCUAAUAGUCAUACUUUAUUUAUGGAAUAGUUUUAAAACACGAUUUUUUUAUUAUUUUUUUUCUGGUUUCUAAUUUUUAAUGUUAGAACAAAUUCAGAUGUCAUUGUUAUAGCUGUAGUCAUGGCCAAACUCAUGACGUCAUGAUUGUAACGUUGCACAACAUUGAUCGACCUUAAAGAAAACGUUUAUUGCCGUAAAUCAAGAACACUGCUUUAAUAUUUAUAUAUACAUGUAUAAAUAUAUAUAUUUCAAAUAAAUGUUGAAGAUAAUAUGAUAUUCUAUGAUAUUUAAAAUUGUAAACUAUUUAAUGAAAUUAUAUUAGUUUGCAUUUGCAGACAAUCAGUUCAAAAAGAGAAAUCAAUUUGCCUUUGUGCGAUAGUAUUUAUAUUGUCUAUCGGUAUCAAGUAAAGAAAUUAAAUAUUUAUAUAAUAAACGGUAUGAUACAAA